GUUGAGCAGGAGGGAGUACAGGCACACUCUUCACACAACGGGAACAAAACAAGCGGUAAAUGGAGCGCCUGUUUGUCUUGCUGGCGGCCUGUGUUGGCGUGGUGACUUCAUACACGAUGACCGUGAGCCAACUACAGCCACAGGGGAUUCGCUUCGCUGUUAAAGAUGCGCCGGGAAUAAGCCUUGUGGCCUUCCAUUACAGCGUCAACGCGCCGCUACUUGAGAUUGCAGCUGGUCAGCACGCCAUCGACAUCCGCGCCAAAACAGGCGAUGAAUGGGUACACGAGGACAGAAGUGUGACGCUUCAUCCGGGUGACCAGGUGAACUACUGGUACUAUGUGUUGGAUGGCACUGGCGGACAUAACAUUAUCAACAAGCAAUGGACUGUUCAAGAAGGGAGUCAUGGCAUGGCCCCUACGACGACAACAACGACGACAACAACCACAUCAGCAGCUCCUAGUCACGAGACCCGCCCCGCGACCACCUCUGCUCACGCCACAGUGUUUGUUGAUAAAAGCACGGUCAACCACAACACGGACCACACUUCCGGUCCCAAGCCAGCCGCGUCCUCCACCGGAACUGACACAACUACCACAGGGACACUGUCAGUAUCAAGUUCCAGUUCUGAAACGGACAGCAAAGUAACGCCACAUACUAGCAGCCAGGUCGCUUCCGGUGGUGGCUCGUGUGGGUGCACGGGGAACUCCAUUAGUCCGCCUGGCUCGGAACUCACGUGCACGACGUUCCCGUGCAUGAUUUUUGAAGACGAGUUUGAUUCGCUCAAUUUGGACGUCUGGGAGCACGAGAUUACGGCAGGAGGUGGUGGGAACUGGGAGUUCCAGGUCUACACAAACAACCGGACCAACAGCUACGUCCGUGACGGCAAACUCUUCAUUAAACCAACACUGACUAUUGACAGUCUUGGUGAAGGACCGGACGGGCUCAUGAGAGGAGCGCUCGACGUCUGGGGCUCACAACCUGGGGACGUAUGCACGGGUAACGCGUUUUGGGGCUGUCGCCGGGAUGGCAACCCUGACCAUAUCAUAGACCCCAUCCAGUCGGCCCGCCUGCGCAGCUCCAGGGGAUUCAAUUUCCGGUACGGCAAGGUGGAGGUCCGCGCCAAGAUGCCUAAGGGAGACUGGAUCUGGCCAGCCAUCUGGUUGCUGCCACUAAGGAACAAGUACGGCAAGUGGCCCGCCUCUGGAGAAAUAGACAUCGUCGAGGCCAGAGGUAACGCUGAUUACCACGACGACAAGGGUAACGACCAGAGUAUAAAGAACGCGGGCAGCACGCUGCACUUUGGCUCCGACUUUUGGCACAACAAAUGGCCAAAGGCACACGGUGAAAGACUGAGCACGAGCGGCACGUACGCGGACGACUUCCACACAUACACGCUCAUCUGGGACGAGGACCACAUUAGUAUAUCCAUUGACGGUGACGAGGUGUUGAACGUGACUCCGCAGACGACAAUGUGGGAGUACGGCGGACUGGACCAGGAUGGCGUGGAGAAUCCAUGGACCGCCGGAUCAAAGAUGGCGCCUUUUGACCAGGAGUUCUUCUUGAUUAUGAACGUCGCUGUGGGUGGUACAGCGUUUUUUCCGGACAAGUUUCGAAGCGCGACCGGCAAACCGUGGUCGGACACAUCCGACUUUGCGACACGUGACUACUGGAAUGCGCGUGACCAGUGGUAUCCCACGUGGCACCCUGAUCAGAAUAACGGAGAGGACGCUGCCAUGCAGGUGGACUACAUCCGAGUGUGGAAACUGAAACCUUAGAACGGGAAUGUACCAAAAUAGUCGAUAUAGGUUUACAGUAUGCCAUGUACAUGUUUUGUUUGAAAAUAAAAUGAUUCUUAUUAACAACA